AUGUCCCUGUUUAUCAUCCUGUACACAGUCUACAACACGCAGUCCCCCUCUCCAAUCCUGUGCGCCCGCCCUGGCCCCCCUGCCCCCUCUGGGACCCCCAGCCCCUGCUCCCCUCGCUGGGACCUCCUCUUCCUCAAGACCCACAAGACAGGCAGCAGCACCGUGCUCAAUGUCCUGUUCCGCUUCGCCGAGCGGCAGGGACUGAGUGUCGCACUGCCCGCCGGCGGACGGCACGACUUCGCCUACCCCGCUCCCUUCUCCCGCCGCGCCAUCUCCAGCUUCACCCUGGACUCCUGCUUCAACGUGGUGGCCAGCCACAUGCGCUUUGAGCCUGGCGAAGUGGGCCGCCUCCUGCCCCUCGAGCGGGCCUACUUCACCGUCCUCCGCCACCCUGCCCGCCUCUUCGAGUCCAGCUUCCGCUACUUUGGGCCCAGCGUCCCCCUGACCUGGGCCAUCCCAGGACCGGACAAGAUGGCCGCCUUCCUCCGCCACCCUUGGGCCUACUACAGGCCUGAGGCCUACAAUGCCCACUACCUGCGCAACCUCCAGUUCUUCGACCUGGGCUACGACAAGGACAUGGAUCCCAGUCACCCGGCGCUGCCCGGGAUUUUCCGGGCCCUGGAAGAGCGCUUCCCACUGGUGAUGUUGACCGAGUACUUUGACGAGUCCAUGGUGCUGCUCAAGGAGUUCCUGUGCUGGAAGUUGGACGACAUCGUCUACUUCCCCCUCAACGCGCGGGAGCCCAGCGACAGGCCCGCCCUGGACCCGGAUUUAGAGGACUUGGCCCUGUCCUGGAACAGGCUGGACUCCCUCCUCUACGCCCACUUCAACCGCACCUUCUGGCGCAAGGUGGAAGCGUUCGGGCGCCGGCGGAUGACGUGGGAGGUCACUGAGUUGCGCUGGGCCAACGGCAAGAUGGCGGAGGCGUGCCUGGAGGGAGGGGGGCCAGUGAGGGCCGGGCUGGUGAGGGAGGCCUCUCUCAGGCCCUGGCAGCCAGCCGGAGGUGGGGGAAACAUCCUGGGCUACAAUCUCAGGCCCGAUGUCGAGGACGCACACCGUGACCUCUGUAUGGCCAUGCUGACCCCCGAAAUGCAGUACAUGUCCAGGAUGGGUGCCAACCUGUGGCGGGUCAAGGCCUGGUCUGCCCUGCGUGGGAUACUGGGAUUGUAG